UAACAUCCAUGACCUGAUGCUGUGCUUUCUCUCUGAGGAGUUACUGGGGGGGAAAAAAAACCGAGUCAUUUUAUUUAUUUUGUGUGUGCGUGUAUGUGUGCGUGCGUGAUAUUUGAUAUUUUUGCAUUUUCCCACGCCAAACACCUGGAGUAUAUCCCCCCCUCCUCCAAACUGUGGAUCUAUGCCAACUCUACGCGGGACUCAAACCGAAUUUGUGAAGUAGAAGAGGAGGAAUGUAUCGUUUCUUUGCGAGACUAACAUUUCUCCUUCCGGCCGUUAUCUUCGUCUCACAAGGUCUAAAAUGCUCACUACCCACCGAGUCCUGUCUGAAUGGCGGAAGGUGCGAAGCCGCCCCCAAUGGAAAUGGAGACUGCAAGUGUCCCAGUGACUACGUAGGCAACCGAUGUCAAUUUCCCAGCCCGUGCAGCCCGUCCCCGUGCCGCAACGGUGGCGAGUGUCGCGCCGUCUCCCACGGCAACACGUUCGACUUCCGCUGCGUUUGCCGGCUGGGUUUCACGGACCGCCUUUGCCUCACGCCCACCAACCAUGCCUGCAUGAGCUCGCCCUGUCGCAACGGGGGAACGUGCGACCUCAUCACUCUCACGGCGUACCGCUGCCGCUGCCCACCCGGGUGGUCUGGCAAAACAUGUCAACUCCCUAACCCGUGUGCGUCAAACCCGUGCGCAAAUGGCGGCCUGUGCUCGGCUUUCGAUUCCAACUUCAUAUGCACCUGCCCGCCGGCCUUCCACGGUCAAACCUGCAAGCAAGACGUCAACGAGUGCGCCCAGAGCCCGACACCCUGCCUCAAUGGCGGCGUCUGCGUCAACGAGGUGGGCUCCUACCACUGCCGCUGCCCUCAGGACCACACCGGACCGCACUGUGAGACCCGCUACGUGCCGUGCAGCCCCUCGCCGUGCCAGAACGGGGGCACCUGCGUCCAGAAAGGGGACACCAUCUACGACUGUAGCUGUCUGCCAGGAUUCCUGGGUCAGAACUGUGAGCACAACAUCGAUGACUGUCCAGGCCACAGCUGUCAGAAUGGAGGCGUGUGCGUCGACGGAGUCAACACCUACAAUUGCCAAUGUCCACCUCAUUACACAGGCCAAUACUGCACCGAGAACGUAGACGAGUGCGAGUUGAUGCCCAACGCGUGUCAGAACGGAGGCACCUGCCACGACACUCACGGCAGCUACCACUGCGUCUGCGUCAACGGCUGGACGGGCGACGACUGCAGCGAGAACAUCGACGACUGCGCCAGCGCCGCCUGUUACCACGGCGCCACCUGUCAUGACCGUGUGGCCUCCUUCUUCUGCGAGUGUCCGCAUGGGCGCACAGGUCUGCUGUGCCACCUGGAUGACGCGUGCAUCAGCAAUCCGUGUCAGAAAGGCUCCAACUGUGACACCAACCCAGUCAACGGAAAGGCGAUCUGCACUUGUCCGCCGGGAUACACCGGGUCGGCCUGCAACCUGGACAUCGACGAGUGCUCCCUCGGCGCCAACCCUUGCGAGCAUGGCGGUCGCUGUCUCAACACCAAAGGCUCGUUCCAGUGUAAGUGUCUUCAGGGGUACGAGGGCCCCCGUUGCGAGAUGGAUGUCAACGAGUGCAUGUCCAAUCCGUGCCACAACGACGCCACCUGCCUGGACCAGAUCGGAGGAUUCCACUGCAUUUGCAUGCCGGGUUAUGAAGGUGUAUUCUGCCAUAUCAACACGGAUGAGUGUGCCAGCCAGCCUUGCCUCAACAACGGAAAAUGUGUUGACAAGAUCAACUCCUUCCAUUGCGAGUGUCCUCAAGGAUUUUCAGGGAAUCUAUGCCAGGUGGAUAUCGAUGAGUGUGCCAGCACCCCUUGUAAAAAUGGAGCAAAGUGUACCGAUGGUCCCAACAAGUACACCUGCGAAUGUGCUGAAGGUUACACCGGGCAGCAUUGCGAGACCGACUUCAACGAGUGCUACUCCGAUCCCUGUCACUACGGCACCUGCAAGGACGGCCUGGCCUCGUUCACAUGCUACUGCCGUCCGGGCUACACGGGCCGCCUGUGCGAGACCAACAUCAACGAGUGUCUGAGCCAGCCCUGCAAGAACGGCGGCACUUGCCAGGAUAGAGAGAACACGUAUAUCUGUUCCUGCCCAAAAGGCACCGCAGGUUUCAACUGCGAGAUCAACCUGGACGACUGCAAGAGCCACCCCUGCGACUAUGGGAGGUGCAUCGACAAGAUCAACGGCUACGAGUGUGCGUGUGAGCCGGGCUACACAGGAACAAUGUGCAACAUCAACAUCGACGAUUGCGCCAUCAAUCCGUGUCACAACGGCGGCACGUGCGUGGACGGCAUCAACAGGUUCACCUGCCUCUGUCCCGAGGGCUACAACGACGUCACCUGCUUGUCCCAGGUGGACGAAUGCGGCAGCAACCCCUGCAUCCACGGCCGAUGCCAGGACCUCAUCAACGGCUAUAAAUGCACCUGCGACUCCGGCUGGAGCGGCCCAAAUUGUGACAUCAACAACAACGAGUGCGAGUCUAACCCGUGCAUGAAUGGAGGAACCUGUAAGGACAUGACCAGCGGGUACCACUGUACAUGCAGAGCGGGCUUCACAGGACCCAACUGCCAAACUAACAUCAACGAGUGCGCCUCCAACCCCUGCCUCAACCAAGGCACCUGCAUGGAUGACGUGGCAGGUUACAAGUGCAACUGUCAGCUGCCGUACAGCGGUGAAAAUUGUGAAACAUUGCUGGCCCCCUGCAACUCGAGACCCUGCAAAAACGGCGGACUAUGUAAAGAGUCUGAGGACUACCAGAGCUUCUCAUGCAGCUGUCCUGGGGGAUGGCAAGGUCAAACUUGCGAGAUCGAUAUCAACGAAUGUGUGAAAAGCCCGUGCCGCAACGGUGCCCUCUGUCACAACACUAUGGGGAGCUACCAGUGCAAGUGCCUGCCUGGCUACAUGGGUCAGAAGUGUGAGACUGACGUCGAUGACUGCAAGCCAAAUCCGUGCAGCAACGGCGGUCUAUGCCGCGACGGCAUCAACACUUUCACGUGUACCUGCCUGCCCGGCUUUCGUGGUGGUAGAUGUGAGCAGGACAUUAACGAGUGCGAGAGUAACCCCUGCCGGAACGGUGCCAACUGCACCGACUGUGUCAACAGCUACACGUGCACCUGUCCGCCUGGCUUCAGCGGCAUCAACUGUGAGAUCAACACCAACGACUGCACCGACAGCUCUUGCUUCAACGGUGGCACCUGUGAGGAUGGCAUCAACGCCUUCACCUGUCUAUGCCUGCCUGGAUUUACCGGCAGCUACUGUCAAUAUGACAUCAACGAGUGUGACUCCAGACCGUGUCUCAAUGGCGGAACAUGUCUGGACAGUUUCGGAACAUACAAGUGCACCUGCCCCCAAGGUUACACGGGAGUCAACUGCCAGAAUCUCAUACGCUGGUGCGAUUCGUCCCCCUGUAAGAACGGGGGCACGUGCUGGCAAAAGGGGGCCUCCUACACCUGUCAGUGUCAAACUGGAUGGACUGGCCUCUACUGUGACAUCCCAAGCGUAUCGUGUGAAGUCGCAGCCCAACAGCAAGGUGUAGAAGUUGCUCACCUGUGCAGGAACUCGGGCCAGUGUCUCGAUGCCGGAAGCACGCAUUACUGCCGCUGCCAGGCAGGCUACACUGGCAGCUACUGCCAGGAGCAAGUGGACGAGUGCUCCCCUAAUCCAUGCCAGAAUGGUGCCGCGUGCACUGAUUAUCUUGGAGGCUACAGUUGCGAAUGCCUCCCUGGUUACCAUGGUGUAAACUGCUCAAAAGAGAUCAAUGAAUGCCAGUCUCAGCCCUGUCAGAAUGGAGGCACUUGCAUUGAUCUCAUCAACACGUACAAGUGCUCCUGUCCCAGAGGAACCCAAGGUGUCCACUGCGAGAUUAAUCUAGACGACUGCAACCCGUUCAGUGACCCGCUGACCCACGAGCCCAAAUGCUUCAACAACGGUAAAUGCGUGGAUCGCAUUGGAGGAUACCAGUGCGUGUGCCCGGCGGGUUACGUGGGCGAGCGCUGCGAAGGCGACGUCAACGAGUGCUUGUCGGAUCCGUGUGAUCCCAGGGGCUCUUAUAACUGCAUCCAGCUCACCAACAGUUAUCGCUGCGAAUGCCGUACUGGAUAUACAGGCCAGCGUUGUGACAAAGUGUUUGAUGGCUGCAAAGGAAGACCAUGCAGAAACGGAGGGACAUGUGCCGUUGCCAGUAACACUCCUCAUGGCUUCAUCUGCAAGUGUCCACCGGGCUUUACUGGCUCCUCGUGUGAGUACGAUUCUCGCUCCUGUGGGAAUCUAAACUGCAGGAACGGAGGCACGUGCGUUUCAGGCCACCUUGGCCCACGCUGCCUGUGUCCUCCAGCUUUCACUGGACCCGAGUGCCUGACCCCCACCGACAGCCUCUGCAUCUCCAACCCGUGCUACAACGGCGGCACUUGCCAAAUCACACCAGACGCUCCGUACUUCCAGUGCGGCUGUCCCAGCAAUUUCAACGGCCUUCUGUGCCACAUCCUGGAUUACUCCUUCGUCGGUGGCUUCGGCCGUGACAUUACACCUCCUCCAGAAGUGGAGGUGAGCUGUGAGAACCCCCAGUGCGACGAGUGGGCCGGCAACCACAUCUGCGACUCGCUGUGCAACAACCACGCGUGCGGCUGGGACGGAGGAGACUGCUCCCUGAAUUUUGAUGAUCCUUGGCAAAACUGCUCAGCAGCUCUGCAGUGCUGGCGUUACUUCAACGACGGCAAGUGCGAUGGCCAGUGCAACAGCCCCGGAUGUCUCUACGAUGGCUUUGACUGUCAGGGACAGGAAGGGCAAUGCAACCCACUUUACGACCAGUACUGCAAAGACCACUACGCCGAUGACCACUGUGAUCAGGGCUGCAACAAUGCGGAGUGUGAAUGGGAUGGCCUGGACUGUGCCAACAACAUGCCUGAAAAGCUAGCAGACGGGCAUUUAGUUCUGGUGGUGCACAUUCCGCCGGAGCAACUGAAAAAUCGCUCUUCAGCCUUCCUCAGAGACCUCAGCAGCGUUCUUCACACCAAUGUGGUGUUCCGCCGUGAUGCUAAAGGGGAGCCCAUGAUUUUCCCUUAUUACGGCAACGAGCAGGACCUGGUGAAGCACAACGUGUUGAAGCGCUCUGCAGACGGUUGGCCCGAGUGGGCGGCGAUGCCAGCGAAUGUUUUGGGUCAAAUGAAGGACAGCGUGUCUGCCAUGGUCAGCCCACGAAAACGCAGAGAGCUGGAUUCCCUUCAAGUCAAAGGGUCUAUAGUCUACCUGGAGAUUGACAACCGACAGUGUUACCAGCAAUCCAGCGAAUGCUUCCAAAGCGCCACGGACGUUGCAGCGUUCCUCGGGGCACUGGCCUCCAGUGGGAAUCUCAAUGUUCCCUACAUCGAAGCUGUCACCAGUGUGAGACCCACUCCUUCUAGUUCAGAGCUCUAUCCCAUGUAUGUGGUCUUCCUGGGAUUAGCGGCUUUGGGUUUCGUCAGCCUUGGCGUUUUGGUGUCGCGCAAGCGACGACGAGAGCAUGGCCAGCUUUGGUUUCCAGAGGGAUUCAAGGCAUCGGAGCCCAGCAAGAAGAAACGCAGAGAACCAGUCGGGGAAGAUUCUGUUGGACUGAGGCCUAUGAAAAUAUGUGACAUAAAUCUCAUGGAUGAUAAUCAAAACGAAUGGGGUGACGAGGAUCCAGACUGCAGACGUUUCAAGUUUGAGGAGCAGUCCAUGCUGGAUCUGAGGGACCGUACCGACCAGAGGAAAUGGACCCAGCAGCAUUUGGAUGCGGCCGACCUGCGUAUCGCGUCCAUAGCCCCUACGCCUCCCCAGGGGGAGAUAGAGAAUGACUGCAUGGAUGUCAAUGUCAGAGGACCAGAUGGUUUCACUCCGCUGAUGAUUGCCUCCUGCAGCGGUGGAGGACUCGAAACCGCUAACAGUGAAGAGGAAGAGGAUCCUUCCGCAGAGAUCAUUACAGACUUCAUUUACCAAGGCGCAAACCUCCACAACCAGACCGACCGCACGGGCGAGACGGCCCUCCACCUGGCCGCCCGCUACGCCCGCUCCGACGCCGCCAAGCGCCUCCUGGAGUCCAGCGCCGACGCCAACGUCCAGGACAACAUGGGGCGCACUCCUCUUCAUGCUGCUGUGGCUGCAGAUGCGCAGGGGGUGUUCCAGAUUUUAAUCCGAAAUCGUGCUACCGAUCUUGAUGCCCGCAUGCAUGAUGGGACAACGCCGCUGAUCUUGGCUGCCAGGUUGGCAGUUGAGGGCAUGGUGGAAGAGCUUAUCAACUGCCACGCCGACGCCAACGCCACCGACGAUUCUGGCAAAUCUGCACUUCACUGGGCUGCGGCUGUAAACAAUGUGCAAGCUUCCGUGAUCCUGCUGAAAAACGGUGCCAACAAAGACAUGCAAGACAACAAGGAAGAGACACCGCUCUUCCUUGCCGCGCGUGAGGGAAGCUACGAGACAUCCAAGGUUCUGCUGGAGCACUUUGCUAACCGUGAGAUCACCGACCAUCUGGACCAGCUGCCGAGGGAUAUCGCCCAGGAGCGCAUGCACCACGACAUCGUGCGCCUGCUGGACGAGUACAACGUCGUCCGGAGCCCGGGCCUUCACGCCGCCCCUCUGAGCACCUCCACCAGUCUCUCGCCGCCGCUUUGCUCCCCAAACGACUACCUUAGCAACCUCAAACCCAGCCUGUCGGUCAAGAAAGUGCGCAAAGGAGGCAAAGACGGCAGCAAAGAUAACAGGGUGAAGAAGAAGAAGUCCCUGGAUGGCAAGGGCAACUUGUUAGACACGUCGGCCGCGCUCUCCCCGGUGGACUCCCUUGAGUCCCCCCACGGCUACCUGUCUGAUGCCGCCUCUCCUCCCAUGACCUCACCAUUCCAACAGUCGCCCCCGAUAUCCCUCAAUCACCUUCAAGGGAAGGGAGACACGCGCAUAGGUCAGAUGAGUAUGUCUUUUGAUCCCAACCCACCCCGCCUCUCCCAUAUGCCGGUGUCCAGCCCUAAUAGUCAGGGGACCACGUCUAUAGGUGGCACCAGGGUAGGCCAGUGUGACUGGAUGUCCAGGAUGCACCCAGGCCAGCAAGGGAGCUUCCACCAGGCCUCACCCAUGUCCCACAACAUGAUGGGAGGCCUCAACGGGGUCAGCACGGCCACCCUGUCGCAGAUCAUGGGCUACCAGAACUUACAGACCAGCCACCUGGGCUCGCCCGCGCACAUGAUGCAGCAGGCCCACUCGCGCCAGCUCCAGCACCAGAACUCCAACUCCUCCACAGCCGCCGGGCAGGCCAUGACGCAGGGCUUCCCCACCAUCGAGCUGAACGGCGGCGAGAUGCAGCAAAACAACGGGCGCUCCCUGGCCAUCCACAGCGUGAUGCCCCAGGAAACGCAAAUCCUCGGCGCCCAGUUCCUCACCCCUCCUUCGCAGCACAGCUAUUCGGGACCCAUGGACAACACACCCAACCACCAGCUGCACGUGCCCGACCACCCGUUUCUGACACCCUCCCCCGGCUCGCCCGACCAGUGGUCCAGCUCGUCCCCGCAUUCCGUGUCCGACUGGUCGGAGGGUAUCUCAAGUCCCCCGACCAGCAUCCACUCGCAGAUGAAUCUGAUCCCAGAACAGUUCAAGUAGACUCUUAUGGAAUGAACAAGAACUUCAAAUAGCAGGGGAUCCUGUCUCAACACUGAAGCUCUGAUAAUGGUCCUUUUAUUAUCAGUUUUACACUACUAACGAAAAGAACCAAUUUCUUUUUUGAAUUACAUUUUUAUUUAUUUAUGAGCUUUCUUUGGCCUGAAAAUAUAAAGAAGAUGCUUUUGUAUUUAUGCUUUUUUAAUUUUAUUUUUUUGUUUUGUAUGUAUGGGAAGAAGAGACAACUUUAAAAAGGAGUGUAUAUCAGAAAAAAAGAGACUGAUGUGUACACUGGUUAUUUAUUUCUGCAUUCUGUUUCUACAUUCACUGGAUUUUUCCCCCCUUUGCGUCUUCUCUUUUACAAAAUUUGUGUUGCAUUAUGUAUAUAAAGCUGUUUUUUUUUUUUUUUUUUUUAAAUAAUUUCAGUAUUAACUUUUUUUUUUUCAAGUGACACACAUGCCUUUUUACUGAAUUGUAUUUUGCUAAGUCUUACCACUGAACUGAAUGUGUGUUAGAUGAUGAUCAAAUGUACAGUACAUCAAGGGACGCCUGUCAGAAUGUGGUUUUACUGCCUGCUUACAGAGAUCCUGUGAUUUACUUUUGGACAUUCGGGACCUUAAUGCACAGUGCAAAUAUUUCUUAUCAGUUGACAGAUGCAAUGCAAAACGUGAGAAAUGCAUCCAAAGCAACCGGAGUUGACUGUUUUAUUGACCAUUGAUAGUGAAUGGUGCUGAGCAAAGUGAUUUGUGGUAUCUAUGCUAAUAGAAAGGAUUUUUUAUUCCAUAUUUGAUCGGAAAUCAAUGUUUAUGGUCACCAUGUUUAACCUGUCAGGUGUUAACUUGCGGCCUCCGUUUGUAGAAAAUGUUACAUUCGCCACAGUCCAAGUUGGCGCCAGUGUGGCAUUAGUUUUUCCUUGGAAAAGCAAAUGCGUGCUUGUGGUAUUUCUUGCAUAAUGUCUUCAAGGUGGAAAACAUGCUUGUGAAAGAAAUAGGGACCUUAACGCUGCGCUUUGUUGGGAAGGUGUUGAAAUGUCAUGUUUUAUAAACUAACUCAGAGGUUAAAAAAAAUGUUUGAAAUGAAGGUGUAAUUGAAAAAAAAAGCGUAAUCAACCUUGAUGCAAAGUUGUAGUUUUCAAAUUACUUUCUGACUAAAAAUAUUUGUCAAA